GUGGAUGGUUGACGAAAUUUCACCAAAAAAAAAACUGAAAUAUUGACAAUAUUGAAAUGGGUGAUUCCGAAGAUCCCGAGAAAAACAGGGAGCCUAUUCCCGAUGCUGUUUGGCCAGAGAAUGGAGAUCAGUGGAGCGAUAAAGGAGAGGAUGAUGAAUGUGGAUUGUUGCAGGAAAUGGCUGAGGAGGAUGAAGAAAUUGACCUCUACAAUGAGGAGACAUUUGGCUUGGAUGAAGGUGUGAAUGGUGAUACCCCAGACAUCGACCCUACAGAUCUCCUGCUGCUUUCUAGUGAUCGCUCCCCAACACCACAGUCUUCAUCUCCACCUCCACCCCCACCACCACCAAAAUCUCCUGUCACACACAGUACCCAUUGUCCUCCCAGGCCAGAACCUCGUAUUUGGCCCCACACUCCAACUGGCCGGUCUCAGAGAGGGAGAGGCGGUAGAGGACAGCUGUUUGAUGACCCAGCUGUGGUGAAGACCGUGAAGGGUCGACCAAGCCUGAAGAGUAUUGAUAGUGCCAUUGUGGAUUGUAGCCUCAGCACCUACUGGGAGGACCUUAAUUCAAAUUCAUGGAUGGUAGCACCUUUAAAAUCCAGCAGGUCACCUGCACAGACUAUACUCCAGGAUCAGGCCAUUGUGGGAGUUAUUGACCGAUCAGCUCAUGGCAGGGUCCCGCCGGUCUCUCCAAACUUUCUGUCUCCUAUGCGCCCUUUUUCCACCAGUCGGGGCAGAAGAGGACAGCCUUUUGUUGGGUCCUUCAACCAGAGGUGUCAUUAUCAGGCACAACAAAGUCCCAUGGCUCCAUGCACUGUCUUUCGUCCCCAAAGACUCUUUACACCCCAGCAGCAAUAUAACCAGCCUGGAGGUUUUAUAUCACCUUCCCGUCCUCCUCUCUCUACCUCAAUGCCCCGCACACCCAAACUCAUGCACCUGCGGUUUGGUACAGACUCUCCCCGGCCUGCUCCAUUCUACAGUCCAUCUGCCAGCGUUAUGCAGGGCUUACGUGCACCAGGUCCUGUUGUCCAGUUCCACCCCCAGCAUAAGCGGCUUUUAAGUCAGCGACAACCAAGACCACAUAGAAAGCCAUUGAGCUGGGACCCGUAUUCCCAAAUCAUGUCUGACAAGGAGAAAGAGUGGAUAAUCAGGCUGCAAAUGAUCCAGCUACAGAGCGAGAACCCACAUCUGGAUGACUACUAUUACCAGGAGUACUAUCAGAGAAUGGAUGCUAAACUGGCUGAAGAAGAGUAUGUAGGUGACCGGACGAAGAAGGAACCACCUAAACUAACAACCCCAUAUGUUAGCAAAAAUGUCUCGUACAUUCCAGUUGUCCACAUUGAAGGUUCACUCGGGCAGGUUGCAGUGUCAACUUGUUUUUCUCCCAGACGAGCCAUUGAUGCUGUUCAUGCAAAUACACAUGAUGAGCACAAAGACACUAGACAGCAAAGGUUGGAGGUGUUGAGCAAUAUUGAGAAGUUGUACCUGAUUUUGCUGGAAGUGGAAGAGGCAGAAAAGGUGAAGACGACAGUGUCUGAUAAAGAAGAGGAGAGUCGGUUGAUGCAGAACAUAAAGAGGAAGGUUGAGCAGUUAUACAAUGAGCUGCGCUGCACAAAUUUGUUGGACUCUGGAGAGGAAUUUCUUUCCUGUCUACUUGUAUCAAAAGGAAAGAGAUUGGUGGCCAGACUCCUCCCCUUCCUGUCACACGAUUCAGCCCUGCAUAUUCUGAGCAUAGUAACCAAACACCUUCCAGUUCUGAUGAGCAGAGAUGCAGAUGAGGCUCUUCCUAUUCUGUAUCCAUCUCUCCGGGCUGUGAUUAAUGGACUUGCAUUCAGUCAGCUAAUCAGAAUUCUCAAAGAGUUCACCGCAUUACUGCCAGACUCAAAAGACACCCGGUUAACACUGGCCUGCCAAAACAAGUUUGGUCUGUCGCUGCUGUAUGCUCUGCUCUCACAGGGAGAAAGGCUUUUAUCUUCUGAUCUACCCAUGGAACCCAGUAUUGGAGAUUUUGAGACUUGGACGGACACUGUUUUCCAUGUGGCCAGGCAGCUGUCCCAGACAUCACUCGUUGAGCCACUGCUUCUGCCUUCCAACCUGCUAACACUCUUCUGUCGAUAUCUGGACAAGCGGACUGUGCACCAGCUGAAAAACAACAUGGAAUCAGCUACAGGAUAUCUGGCUGUAGCUUCAUGAGUAAACACAGACCCUAUGACCUGUUUCUGCAUUGACCUGAAGCACAGGAUGACGCCGAGCAUGAACUGAUUUGGAUUUUGUGACUGAAUAUCCAACAUUUAUUUGCAUUUCAAUUUUUCUAUCAAUUUCUUUUCUAAAUUAUUAUUUUUUUUUCAACUUCCAUUUUUCUAUCAGUUCUUCUAUCAAGGUCAGAUUAGCGCUGCUUGACAUGAUUUAUCAAUAGGUUGGUAUAUAAAGUUGGCUGAUAUUCAGUCAUUAAUCAUGACCGUAUUAAGCCUCAUGAAGCGCGUCGCAUCAGAAAAAGCUGAUCAUGUUGGAUUUGUGGUCUGCAGGUCUUCAGAGCGAGCUGUUGGGGUUGACGUAAUUCUACAGUUGCACUUAAAGGUGUUGGGUUUAAUUUGAGAUGUGUAAAAACAUGUUUUGUUAAAUUUAGCUGCGUCUUAGAAAGAUUUUGAGUGUUAAUUUCUCAUUUCAUGUUAAUUUCAAAUGUAAGCUUGUGUAAAGUUAUCAUUGUGGUUUGAUUUUUGUUUUAUUUCUGUAAUUGUGCGACCCAAUGUCAUAUCUAAAUUUUUCA